CACGCAUUCAUUAAAAUCUGGUUAAACUUAGUGCUUUAAUCCAUUUAAAAGUUAUGAUCCGAACCUUUUGUUUUGGCUCACAAAGCAGCCUUUUGUACAUGAGUGGUUCCUCCUCCUACUACUUUAUAGAGCAGGAAUCAGGUCAAAAGGAAAUCUGAUCCACCAACUAGCAGAGUCAGAGUCCCCUCCCUGUUGCUCUUUCUUCUCACGCCUGCAGCGCGAAACCACGCAGCAAACCACAACCACUGCUGCCUUUACAGUCGAGUGAAAGCUUAUGGUCAAAAUUAUCUUCAGCUCAACUGAAGGUGGAUUUUGUUGUCUUUGACUUGGUGGCAAACUUAAAUACAUGCCUUGGAUUUGAUUUUUGGCAACAUGCAGACGCAGCUCGUUGCUAUGUGUUUGGCAAUCGUUGGCUUUCUUGGCACCAUUCUUAUUUGUGGACUGCCCAUGUGGAAGGUGACAGCCUUUGUUGGAGCGAACAUCAUCACCUCUCAGGUCUUCUGGGAAGGUUUGUGGAUGAAUUGUGUGAUCCAGAGCACUGGUCAAUCGCAGUGUAAAGCCUAUGACUCCAUUUUGGCUUUACCACAGGAUUUGCAGGUUUCCAGGGCUCUGAUCUGUGUCUCCAUCGCUGUCAGCAUGGUGGCCAUCGGACUCACUGUGGUCGGGGCCCGCUGCACCAACUUCUUUCGUGGCGACUGGCUCACCAAAGCUAAUAUUGGCUUGGCUGGAGGUCUGGUGUUUAUAUUAGCAGGGCUUCUUUGUGUUAUUCCUGUCAGCUGGUCAGCUUACAGCAUCAUCACUGGUUUCUACAACCCCCUGCCCACCUCAGAGAGGAGGGGCGAGCUCGGGGCUUCCAUAUAUGUGGGCUGGGCAUCUGGAGCUCUGCUCAUCAUCAGUGGAGGGGUGUUGUGUAGCACCUACAGAUGCUGAGGAUGAGGAGAAGAGAGAGAGGAGGAGAGUACACCGCUAUAAGUUAAAAACAAGCUGAUUUUGAAAAUGUGCAGUUAUGUUUAUACUGUGAUGGACUUUCUCUGCUUCAGUCUUUAAUAAAAGGUACUUUUUCAACAUUUUUUUCAACCUUAGUUAAAUGCUUUUUGACAACUAAUCUGUCUAAAAUAUGAAAGUGUGUAGCAUAUUGAAGUGUUGCACGACCAGAGUGUUUAUGGUUGUUUUUAAAGUGAAGAAUGAAAAAAAUGAAGUCUGGUUGAGCCGAUAGUUGUAUAAUGUGACAUUAAAAAAAUGUUUAAUGCAGAGAUCUGAGUUUAUAGGAUGUGUUUUAGUAUGUGCAGAACACAUUAUAAAUGCUGCAAGAAUAGUUACACCUUUAAAGACCAGUGAUGUCAUUUUUACACUGUGGUGAGGAAAAGUGUCUUUGUUUGCAACAAGAGAGUUUCACUGAUUUUGAGAUUUUCAGAGACAACUUUCUGGAAAGAAACCAGCUAAAUAAAAAGUUAUUAUUACUCUUUUAUCACAUGACAAUUGUGAAAUAAGAUUAAUUGUACUGGAAACAACUUAAAUGUCUCAGUUCACUCAUGAACCUCUUCCCAUCUUUUAUCCUCAGUAUUGAGUAAUGAACAAUAUGUUUGCUGUUGCUUUGCACACUUUGCCAUGUCAAGUGGAGGAAACUAUGAAUGUACAGUAUGUUUGUAUCUUAACAAACCAAUAAAUUCACCCUGUAUAUUUGUA